GAUGGCUGCCUUGUAAAGCAGCGGUGAACUUCUGAGUACCUUGAUUAAAACAAGCUACAUUAAUGGCCCCGAACCAUAUCCCUCACGGUUUUUCUUUGAAUGUCUUUGACGUGAAAUGGGCCUGAGCCACUCCAGGGCUCACCCAAGGGUGACCAAAGUAGCACCUCUGCAAAACAAAGAGGAAGAGCCUCCCUCAACUUGCCCUGUGGAGGUUGCAUUCAAUCAGCAGCUGGAAGAAAAGAGUUCAUAUUUGUUCACGGGACCGCAGGACCAGAAUAAGGCCUUGGAAGGGCAGCUGCCACCUCUGCGAGAGACCUGGUAUGGAAGGUAUUCUUCAGUGCCCAGGGCCAUGUAUUUUGACAUCCCACUGGAACAGGGAGAAACAAGUAUUAUUAAAAGGCAUCCACCCCGAAGACUUCAAAAGCUUGAACCUGUUGACCUGCCACAAGUAAUUGCUUCUGAGAGGUUCCUGAGCCAGAAAGAAGCCUGGACAACUCGCAAAGCAAAGCAGGAACUGGAAAAGAAGAUGCAAACUCCAAUGUACACUUCUGGGAAAAGACAAUAUUUACAUAAGAUGCAAAUGCUGGAAAUGAACCGUAGAAAACAAGAGGCCCAAGUGGAGCUGAAGAAAAGUCUUCACAGGGAGGCAAGAAUUAAUAAACAAAAACUGAGGGACCAUAAAGCUGAGAAACUCCUUCAAAGCAUCCCAAUAAAUGAUGACGGUGACCUGCUAACAUUGUUGCCUGAUGAAACCUUGAACAGAAGUCCACGAAAAUCACAGAAUGCAGAAGUUUUGAAACAUGAGGCAAGGAAUGACUAUUGUCCCCGGAAAAUUGGCAAAAUGGAAACAUGGCUCCGUGAACAAGAGGUCCGGGGACAGCUUCCCUGGGACAGUUCCAGCUCUGACUCUGAUGAGUUGGGGAAAAUUGAGAAGAAACCACGAGCACUGGUGAGGACCAGGACAGAGAGAAUCCCACCUUUUGAUGAGUUUUUUGAUCGAGAAUAAGAAUGCGAGUCACUAACCUAAAUACUGAGUGCAUGGGAAGCUUGCUUUCCUGUAAAAAUUCUUCAAGUUAGUAUACGAAUUAUUCUGAGGAAACCAAUUCACUUUCUUUCCAUUUGGAGUCUUACAAUUAAUGGGUGUGACAUAUAUUGUUAAUUACACUGCCUAACUAACUGCCUCAAAACUUAGGGGCUUAAAUAAUAGCCAUUUAUCCUCCCACUUUUCUGUGGGU